UUACACAGAGUUUAAGGAGCUGGUGUGGAAUAUUAUGGUAGAAGCUGGAAAGCCUAACGUGGCCGAUUAUUUUCCUGUGCUGAAAAAGAUUGACCCCCAGGGAAUAAAACGUCGCUUGAGGAUUCACUUUGGGAAGAUGUUGGAGCUCUUUGAUCGCAUGAUCGAUCAACGCUUGAAGCUGAGAGAAGUCCCUGGUUAUUUUAAAACCAAUGACAUCUUGGAGACUCUUCUCAACAUCAUGGAAGACAAAACUGAAGCUACUAAUAGGGAUUAUAUCAGGCAUUUAUUUCUGGAUUUGUUUGCUGCAGGUUCUGACACAACUUCCAGCACACUGGAAUGGGCAAUGGCGGAGCUCCUCCGUAAUCCCAAAGCCUUAUCAGAAGCUCGGUUAGAGCUGGAGCAAACUAUAGGCAAAGGGAACCCAGUUGAGGAAGCAGACAUCACUCAGUUGCCUUACUUACAAGCAAUCAUCAAAGAAACUUUAAGAUUGCAUCCACCAGUUCCCUUUUUGAUUCCCCGCAAAUCCUCCACAGACAUGGAAAUCAAUUGCUUCACAAUUCCAAAGGACGCCCAAGUUUUAGUCAAUGUAUGGGCAAUUGGUAGAGGCGAAAACUUAUGGGAUGACCCCAACACGUUUCUCCCAGAAAGAUUCUUGGGGUCCAAUGUUGAUGUCAAAGGCAGAAAUUUCGAGCUCAUUCCUUUCGGUGGGGUGCGGCGAAUCUGCCCUGGAAUGCCACUGGCAAUCCGAAUGCUGCAUUUAAUGUUGGCCUCGCUUCUUCACGCCUUUGAUUGGAAGCUUGAAGAUGGCAUUACACCAGAAGAAAUGGACAUGGAAGACAAGUUCGGCAUCACUCCACAGAAGGCAAAGCCGCUUCUUGCCAUUCCCUUUGCGUGCAAAUUGAAGAAGUUUGAGUUGCUAGCAAAUAAAUAAUCUUCAAAAUUGCCCUCGCCAGAAAAAAAAAAAAAAAUAAUAAACAGUUAUUUGUUUGUCAACUCUCGCAAAAUUUAGAGAGACUAUGAAAAAAGACUAUUUAAUAAUUUUCAAAUUUGGACUAUUAAACGGAUAUUUGUUGUAUCUCAUAUCCAUCUUCUCAAUAUAAUAGUCUAACUACUUCGAUGUUA